CUUUAGUUUAACAAUAUGGAAAACUAUUGGCAGAAUCAACAUGAAUAUCAAACAGUAAACGAGAUGAAUAAAAUGACUGAAGUCGAUAUCAGUCUUGCACAGUUAAUGCUAGAUAAAUCCGACAACAAUAGCAACUCUACUCUUUCUCAAGAUAAUAAUUUAGUUACAACAGAUUUGUAUAAAAGUCAACAAACAGUUAGAGUCAAGCUUUAUGAUGACAGAAUAGAUCCAAAUAAUCCUUUUUACUCUUCUCUUACAAGUUUUGAAGAUAUGAAUUUAACUCCAAAAUUAUUAAGAGGAAUCUAUUCGAUGAAUUUUGCAAAACCAUCUAAAAUUCAAGAGCGAGCUUUAUCAUUAUUAUUAACUGAUCCUCCUCAAAAUAUGAUUGGUCAAUCACAAAAUGGCACAGGCAAGACAGCAGCCUUUAUUUUAGCUAUUUUACAACGUACAGAUUUCUCUCUUCAAAAGACACAAGGGAUUUGUCUUGUUCCUACACGAGAACUUGCACGUCAAGUGGUGGAAGUGAUUGAAAAGAUGGGUCAAUUUACGGGUGUCACGACCUGUCUUGUGAUAAGAGAUUCUAAAGUCAAAUUUCGUCAGAUUCAUGAGCAGAUCGUGGUUGGGACACCUGGCUCUGUCUUGGAUGUGAUAAAUCGUCGUGGUAUUGAACUGGAUGAGCUGAGAACAUUUGUAUUAGAUGAAGCGGAUAAUCUUUUAGAACAGGGUGGAUUAGGAGAUCAAAGUAUUCGUAUCAAACGUAUGGUCAGAAAUCCAAGGACUCAAUUUAUCCUCUUCUCUGCUACAUUCCCAGAACGUGUACAUACAUUUGCGAAUCGAUUUGCACCUAACGCGAAUAAAGUCUUUUUAAAGGUAGAAGAAUUAAGCAUUGAUGGUAUUACACAAAUCUAUAUGGACUGUCAAAGUGAAGAACACAAAUAUGAGGUUCUCUGUAAUCUCUAUAGUUUGUUAACCGUGAGUCAAAGUAUCAUCUUUUGUAAGUUUCGAGAGACUGCUCAUAAGAUCGCUAUGCGUAUGGAAGCUCAAGGUCAUGCUGUAAGAUGUUUACAUGGUGGUAUGUCCUCCACUGACCGAGAUCAGGUGAUGGAUGAUUUCAGACGAGGUCGAUUCAAAGUCUUGAUCUCUACCAAUGUUGUAUCACGAGGUAUCGAUAUCCUGCAAGUCUCCCUUGUUAUCAAUUAUGACAUGCCCUCUGAUCAUCUAGGAAGACCUGAUCCUGAAGCUUAUAUACAUCGUAUUGGUCGUACCGGUCGAUUUGGAAGAGCAGGUGUGAGUGUUAGCUUUGCAUAUAAUCGAAAGAGUUGGGAAGAAAUUGCAUAUAUGGAAGAUUAUUUCAAGACAAAAAUCAGACGUAUUCCUACAGAAGAUUGGGAAAGAGUAGCAGAAAUCUUGAAAUCGAUUUUAUAAAGUUAAAAAAGAGAAAAAGGAACGAAAGAGAAAAAAAAGAAAAAAAAAAGGAAAGGAGGAAAUAUAUAAGUUACAUGCUAUUAUAUGAAAAUAAAA